AUGGGGGUUCUGUCCCCGGAAGCUGGAAAGGUCAUGGUGAAGAGAGGCUUCGUUUCUGCAAUGUUUAGGCUCAGUGGGGGGCGCGGCACGUCUCGUAGACCUCCGUGGAAGCAGGAGAGUCAGAGAGUUCGCUGCGACAAUGGGGCCAGUGAAGGUGACCCAUGGCCUCACGCAAGGCGCUGUGAUGCCACCCAAGUGACGGAUCUCAGACCGCUCAAGAAACUUCGUCGACUCGGGGUCUUUCAGGGGGAUUUCCAUCGAAGGUUGAGGGGGCAACAAGCAAAGAUCCAAUUGGCAUCAAUUGGCCAUCGACAUUUGACUGGGAUCAAGACGUUGUUGAGCGCCGGAUUUUGUGAGUUCUACGUUCUGUUUUUUCGCCUUUGUACCACCUGCUGA